CUCUUGUCUUCUCACAAAACUUCAUAAAAAUGAAAAAUCAAAUCUCUUUCCUCACCCAAUUUUUCAUAAUCCUGCUCCUAUGCUUUGCACUAGGUCCAUGCAUGCGCACAUGCGAUGCGCAUACAAAGGCUUACGCCCCAGAGACAGAGCCAUCUGUCGGGUUUUCACCUUCGGAGUCUCCGAACCGUGAAAACCCAACAUCAUCAUUAUCUAAGGACGAGUCACAUUCUUCUUCCUCCUCCGGCAAGGACGACCGUUCAUACACGUCGUUCUCGACAGCAUUCUCGAAUGCAUUCGGGGACAUCCUCAAGGGAACCCUACGAGGCAACACCAUCACGAUGCCGGAACACGAUCUCACGGCCACCGACCACCACUCGGUUAAGGAUAUCUGCUCCCACACGGACUACCCUGACGUGUGUGUCUCCACCAUCACACCAUUCCUCGGCCAAAAUUUCGACCUGAUGAACGUCCUCGAGGCCGCCAUUAAGGCCUGCUCCUACCAGGCCAAGUUCACCAUCUCCGUCGUCGCCAAGCACAUGAAGGUCUCGCCGGAGAUUGCCGCAGCACUUGGGGACUGCAAGGAGCAGUACAGCGACGCCUUGGAGAACCUCCACAGGGCCAUGGAUGCCAUUCAGUCGCAGGAUCUCGGCACCGUUACCACUAUGCUUAGCGCUGUUAUGGCGGAUGUUUCUGCGUGCGAGAGUGGGUUUGAGGAGCAUAAGGUGGCAUCACCCAUGGCUCAUUCUGAAGGCAUGGUUAGCAUUACUGCCAGUAUUUGUCUUUCCAUUGCUUCGUUGAUUCCCCAUUAGGAAGGGUUUGUGUGCUCUAGUGUGUUCUUAUGGUCAAGCUAGGGCAUUAAUUAAAGUGUGAUAUAGGUUACAGUAUUAUGUUUAUUGUAUUGAAAGUUUUAGUUGGUAAAUAAGCAUCAACUAUAAACAAAUGUUUGUUUUA